CAAGCAUGCAGCCCUUAGAUAAAUAGAUGGCCUCGGCAGCUUGGAACUAUGGCCUGUUUGCAGAUUUUGACGAUGUUUUGAGUUGAUUGCGCCUCUUCCUCCGUUCGUUUGUCGUCCCUGGCAUCGACCACCUCCUCGCUGGGGUGACCCUGCGGAUCGAACCCAAGUAUCCAGUUCCCCCUGAGCUGAAUCGUUUAACACGUACCCAAGUAUACCUUACUUUUUACUGCAGCGAUCCCAUCAGCCUCCGUACGGAUCAAGCCGAAAAUUCGGGUUUUUAUUCUUGGGAAAAAAAGGGCUGGGGGUCCACAACUGGGCGCACGAACAGACGAUCCAUCCCAAAACUACGUACGGUCGCAGCUGAUCGAGAAGAAAAAAAAGCUCCUACCGAGAUCCAUCUCUGAAGAAGCACUACUAGUAGUAUUUUCUUCUUUAACUUCAAUAACCACAUUUGGCAAAGGAGAUCAAAGAAGCAAAAUCAGACGUCGAUCUCAUGGCCAGAAAGCAAUAAUACCCUACCAGUCAGUCAGCAACUGGGGCAUCAAACACCCGCAAUGGCAUCUCAAGUACCCGCCGGCGCCGAGGGCACGGUGGCCGGCGUCAUGAUCUACUGCAGCAUCUGCCUUAUCGCCAGCUCGAUGAUGAUAUGGCUCACAUGGACACAUCAGGAGAGGACGAGCUACGUGGCCAUGCUUGCCUACUUUGCUACUCUCAGCAUUUUGGCAUCUCUGGCCCAGCAAGCACACGACGUUUUGCGCUAUCGAACACUGGUCGCGGAGCAGUUCGAAAACCGCAAGCUUCACCCAGGUAAUCCCGAGAUCGCCAUUGCCAACGGGUCGGUCGGCCUUAGUUUGGUCUUGUACUACAUUCAAUAUUAUUGUUAUAGUGUUGAGGCGAUGGCCGUGAUGUUCUGGGCCGGCUACCUCGCGCAAACCUCCAACAACCGUUCGAAAUGGAAGAAGGUUUUCAACGUGAUCAACCGCGGAGGCAAGAUCUUUGCCGUGCUUUUCCCCCUCACUACAAUACUUCUCCUCCGCAUUCCUAAAGUGCAGGAGAAUUUUGUUGUCUUCAUUUUGCUGGCAGAUCUGCCCCUCAUGCUGAGCCUCCUAUUCGGCUGCAUGCUCAUGCUGAUCAUCUUUACCCGAUACGUCAACUCGAAACGCAAGUUCCUCCACUGGGGAGAAGACGGUAACACCGGCACAUACGGCACCGGCACAGGCGUCGAAUCGACCCUCGAGAGCGGCCACCGACCCGCGACCCGCGACCCCAAAGCCUCCACCACCACCACCACCGUCACCAGCAACGCGCCCCGCAAGAAGCGCCAAGGAAUAUGGGACCGCUGGCUGAUGCUGCGCUUCACCAUCGGCUUCGUGGCCCUCAGCAUUUUCGAGGUGACCAACACGCUGUUCCAAAUCAUGGCCGUCACCAACGCCACCUCCGACCUUGCCGCCGCCGAACCCGACAUGUCGCCCGAGCGCGCGAGCGCCGACUGGAUCUUCUUCAUGCCGGGCGUCACGCCGGGCCUGUUCAUCUUCAUCAUCUUUGGCACCACGACGCCGCUGAGGCGCUACAUGCGCGAAAAGUUCGUGCCCAAGAGGUGGCGCAGGCGCCAGGACGACGUGGAGAAAGGGUUGGGCAGCAAGCUGUCGACGCUGAGGAGGGCCGACAAGGCGCCUAUCCCGCCGCCAAAGGAUAAUGUUCACGUCACCUCCGAGAUUGAACUUUCCGUGUCGAGGAUGCGGGGAGCGUCGCGGAGUGGGAGGCUGGGAAAUGGAGGCGAUGCGGUCGAUUCUGUGAGGUCGGAUAGUGAUGAGUGGCCGAUGCUGCCGAUUAUGAAGCAUGAUCGGAGGUAGUUUUUGGCUAGGGUUGUGUACAUAGUUUAGAAGCGCUGAU